AUGGAGUCGGAUACCCCAACCGCAUCGUGGCACCCGGCCAUGAUGCCAAAUUAUAAUCAUGACGAAAGUCAGCCCAGUCAGGCUGCGAGUCAACCGACUGAUCACGAACCCGGACUCGAACCCGGACUCGAACCCGGACUCGAACCCGAAAUCGAACCGGCAGUCCACGAGUCGCCUAGUCAGCCGCCCACUGCGCCCGAAAAUCACCAGAAGCCACCUGAACAAGUCCACCAAGAGACAGCAGACGAACCGGUACCGCAAGAACACCUCGAGGAGCAAGGCUCGAACGAAGGUGCAUUUCUCGAUCAAUUCAACGAUGAUGGCGACGCCGAAGCUUCUGCGUGGGAUCUCUCCCAGCCUGCGCCGGCACCAGAACCGGCAUCAGAACCGGCCCCAAUGAUUGAACAUCACGAAGCUCCUGCACCCGCUGACGAACCUGCCCCCAUCGAACCAGAGCCUGUGCCAACAGCAAAUGCUGCGAAACAUUCCAGUACCGUCUCCUUCGCCCGGACCGUAUCUCACGAGAUGAGCUUCAACGACGAUGAAGAUGCCGAGUGGGAUUUACAGCGGACCGAUACCGACCCAUUCAAGUUUAUGCCACCGAAUGACCGAACGAACUCUUUUCCGGUAGUGCCACGGUUGGAUACCGCGACCGAGGAGCAGUUCGAUCACCCGCCCCCGUCAAGCCAGGCUCGAGAGAUUAUCCAGGAAGUGGAGGAAGAAGAGUCCCGUGAAGACCUGGAUCCUUCUGGUUCCCCCGGAGCUCCUGGAGACGGCCAGGGGAACCAACAAGCAACGAACGAGGGUACUUCUCAGCAGUUUGUGGGCACGGAUGAAGGAGAGAUUGAGUCCCGAUUUGAAGAGGGUCUACCGUUGAUCUCACACGACGAGCAGGAACCAGAGACGAGGGACGAGCCGAGCCAGCCAGAUGCCACCAAUCUCUUCGCAGAGAAAAAAGCCGGCGACAGUGGAGAUGAUUUCUUCAGCCAAGUUCAAAGUGGCUCCAAGUCACCAGAGGAGGACUUCUUCGACCGCGCGCUUAGAAGAAAAUCUACUACUAUGGUGAUUGGGGAAGCCAUGGAUCCCAUGGAGGCAGACGACGUGGACUCGGAGCCCCCAACACCGACAGAACAGGAUUUACCACAAGCGCCGGACACCUUGGAGACACCUACUCAGUUGGAUGUCAAUGGAAACCCUGUGUCCGUACCGGAGAAGGAGAACGAGGCCAAGGAAGAGACUGUCGAUCUCGAUGCCAAAUGGGCAGCUGCCUUUGGCGACGAUGACGAUGACGAAUUUUUAGUUGACACCGCUACCGAGUCGAAAGAGCUUGAUCCUGCAGAUAUCUUUGGAAGCGAUGACGAGGGAUUCUUGGAGGACACUGAAGAAACACCGGCGUCGACCACGACCGCUGUACCGCAACCAGUUGCAAAUGCCAACACAAACGGGCUGCCUUCCCAGCCGACCCUGAACGGACGCUAUGCCCCAGAAAAUCUCCAGCGUCAAGGGCAACCAACUCCGAGUCCCUACUCACCUGCGGGAGUCUUUCCACAAAUGCAGCCACCACCACUGCACACUGCGUAUAGCCACACAGGCACAGUUACUUCGAUGGGAACGGGUUACGGUCAACCUCCGCAAAAGCCUGCAUUCCCCAAGACCCAAAGUUUCGCCAGUAAAUCAAAAGGCGGAUAUCAAUCUCCGUACGAUCUUCCCAUGGAUGUCGUCAAGCCGAAGAAGCGGCCUAGUACGCAACAUCUUCGGUCAAAUGUGACGACUGCGAUGGCGCCGCCACCGGCAGCUCCUCCGAGGAGUGCAAGCAUGUAUGUGCAACCAUCACCCACAGCGGCCUCAAAUACUAGCUUGUCGCCUCCAACGUCGAGCCAAUCAAACCAGCAAUCGACUUUGGCAGCUCAGAAACCCGCACCACAACUACGAUCGAAGUCUGGUUUCUUUGAAGACCUACCAAUGGCGUCAAGACCACGUCCUGCUUCACGCCAGAGCAACCUGGCUUCGCCGCUGCAGAACCCCUACGGACAGCUCCAUGCACCUCCCCCAGAGCCACUAAUAAUACCUUCUCAAGUGCCACCACCAAUGGCACCGGUCAUUUCUCAGUGUCGCCCUUCUCAAGAGCAGGCGCCUGGCAUGCCCUCACUCGUUGCCCCUGAACGGGUUAACCCAUACGCGCCGAUGCAGCCAGACCACCAGAUCAGGCCUAUGCCAUCCACGCAGAACAGCAGGUAUUCUCCCGCCCCCACGCAGCUACCAGGGAGCAAUGGGGUUCCACCUCCUCCAGCUGCCAAUGCCCGUUAUUCACCGGCUCCCCCUAUUUCGCGAACUUCAAGCUCUACUUAUACUGCUGUCCCGCCUCCUCCUGUCCUCGCUCACCAACCAAGAACAUCGAGUCCCCUUGCCCACUUUGAGGUGUCACACGAAAAAGCUGCCAAUAAGCUUCAAAGCCCCCCUAUGCAUAGCGAUGGCCCUUCGUUAAAUCGGAAUAGCUCCUCUCAGUACGACUCUCGUGCUCCCAGGGUAGCAUCACUGCCACCAACUCAGGAAGUUGACGAAGAGCAAUCGCCGCUGAAGUCGCCCGAAUCGGCUCCGAAACUCCCGGCUGCCCUCUCACCACCGCAGUCGAGGUACGGCCCUAGCUUGGUCAGACAAACAACCGAGCCUCCUCUGGGCCUUUCCCCGUCCAAUCCUCUUUCUCCUCCCAAGCGCUCCAUGUCGAGUUACAUGCCACAACCGGCAUCGACUAUGCCCUCGAAGGAGGUCAAUUUUGCACCACCACCCCGAUCUCAGACACAAUCUCCCGGGGCGGUUUAUGGCCGAGCCCCUGGGAGGUCGGCGGAUCCUGUUCCUCGUCCAUCUUCGGUGCAUGGUCCUACUUCACCACGCGAGAUGGCACACCCUGAGAGCUCCCGUUCUACUGUUCGGGCUCGCGGUAUGUCCCAACAUCUGAACCUCGUCGCUCCUACCGAUGGUCGGGAACAGGAUCCGUUGCAACGUUGGAGGGGUGCUCCCUCGAUCGCGUGGGGUGUUGGAGGCCUGUUCGUCUCAUCUUUCCCGAAGGAUGUUCCGCGAUAUGGCAUGAACUCUGCGUUGCCCCAAAUUAUCCGGAGCCCCGGCGAGGUCCAAGUGAAGCAUAUUAAGGACAUCUAUCCCUUGGAAGAACGCCUAGCCAAGUUCCCCGGGCCGCUGAAGGGUAAAUCGAAGAAGAAGGAGACCGUGGCGUGGCUGGCUGCUGGCAUUGACGGUCUCGAAAGAUCGCUACCGAACAUGUCAUUUCACCAGCACGUCUCACUCGAGGACAAGAGAGCUCUCGAGCGAGUGCUGUUGUGGAAACUACUGAGGGUGUUUGUCGAAAACAAUGGCACUCUUGAAGGAAACGAUGCAGUAGUCAAGGCUGUCAGAGAGAUCAUUCCUCCUGGUCUUGACGCCUCUGGUCCAGAGGUUUCGUCAGCGAUAUCUGCUGGGGUCGAUCUGACGGGAAUAACCUCACCGGCCACUGCCAUGCGGGCUGAUGCUGUCGAUCCCACUGCCAUCGAACAAGUCCGGAGACACCUGCUCUCGGGAGACCGCGAAGGGGCUGUGUGGGCGGCUGUCGACAAGAGAUUAUGGGGCCACGCCAUGCUGAUAUCAAGCACUGUACAGAGCGCCGAACUGUACAAGCAGGUCGCACAAGAGUUCAUCAAGAAGGAGGUGAACCAUCCCGGCCAAGGCAAUGAGUCAAUGGCUGCUCUCUACAGCGUUCUUUCUGGAAACUUUAAGGAGUCUGUUGACGAGCUCGUUCCCGCCCAUGCUCGGGCAGGACUCCAGCUGAUGUCGACGUCGGCCCCUGUCGGUGCAUCUCAAGAUGCACUGGCUGGAUUAGACAAGUGGCGGGAAACACUGGGCCUGAUACUUAGCAAUAGAAGCCAAGGUGACAACGAAGCCCUGCGGGCACUUGGUAACCUGCUUUCUGAAUAUGGCAGGGCGGAGGCAGCCCACAUCUGCUACAUAUUUGCGAGGAAUACUGCUGUUUUCGGGGGUCUCGACGAUCAGAACUCAAGCUUUGUGCUUGUAGGAGCCGACCAUCGACGUCAGGCCGACCAAUUCGCCAAAGAGAUUGAAGCCCUUCAGCUCAGCGAAGUGUAUGAAUAUGGGUUAUCACUCGCGGGCGGCCCGAUUGCCGCCCAGGGCUCCCCUCACUUGGCUGCCUACAAACUCCAGCAUGCUAUGACCCUUGCUGAGUGCGGGUUCAGAGACAAGGCGUUGCAGUAUUGCGAGGGUAUAUACAACGCAAUCACUGCGCAGACGAAGAGGUCCCCGUACUAUAACCCGAUCCUGGAGUCUUCUGUCGAUGACCUCAUGCGGCGAUUGAAGUCGGCGCCAAAGGAAGAAUCAUCCUCCUGGAUCCCCAAACCCCGGAUGGACCAGGUCUCCAGCAGUGUAUGGAACCGUUUCAACAAGUUUGUGGCGGGUGAUGAUGACGACACCGCUGGCAGUGGUGCGGCUGGUGAGGCCGGUGCCGAAGCCGGCCCUUUCGGACGCAUUGCUGGAGGAACACCUACCAUCAGCCGUUCUCCCUCGGUUGGUAACUUCGAGGUUUACGGAACUAGUGACCCUUCUCCGACUAUUCCGGCAAAUGUAGCUGCGUCACGGUACGCGCCCGGGGCCCAACCCUUGAGCUCUUCAUAUGACCCUUCCACUGCCUAUACUCCAGCUUCUAGGUCGUCAAUGGAGAGGGUUUCGGGUGAGAUACGCCGAAAUUCUUACGACCUACCGAGGCAGGAGUCUACCUAUAGCAAUCCUUAUGCUCCUGCAGCUGAUAGCACCUCGCUACAAGCCCACAGCUAUCAACCGACGCCACCUAUUGCUUCUGGAGCAUCGCCGUACAUGCCAGCUUCUCAAGGGCCGCCACCAGCUCCAUUGUCUCUACAAGUCUCCGGAGACUCGCUCUCAGGGUAUCAACCUUAUGGUGUCCCGCAGCCCUCGGACCAUGCUGGUCCAUCUCAGCCCUACGGUGCGCCUGAUGUAGAAUCGAAGGAAGAGCCUCAAGCAAACGAAGCCAGUGUCGACUCAGGAUAUCAGCCUCCUGCAUACGGCGGAUACGCACCGCCCUCGAUGAACUCUUUUGGGGCACCUACUACCGAACCAAACACAUCUACUGGUGGCUAUGAACCCCCUUCAUACCAGCCUUCCAGCUUCGAGCCUCCAUCUUACCAGCCAGGCCCUGAUGAUGACACUAUUUCCGAAGACAAGCCGAAGAAGAAGAGCUUCAUGGACGACGAUGACGACAUUCCGGCCCUGCGGCCGACGGAUCAGUCAAAGUCGGAGAAGGAUCGCGAGAACGAUGAGAUGUUCCGCAAGGUGGCUGAGGAAGAGGCAAAACGAGCAGCAGAGGCGAAGGGAAACAAGAAGGGCUGGGGCUUUGGGGGUUGGUUUGGCGGCAGCGGCAAGAAAGAAGCAGCCGACCAGCUCAAUCAGCCCAACAAGCCGAUCAAGGCCAAGCUGGGUGAAGCCAGUAGCUUUGUGUACGAUCCGGAUUUGAAGCGUUGGGUCAACAAGAGAUCAGGAGCGGAGAAUACGCCUGCCAAGACAUCAACGCCGCCGCCACCUCGUGCAGCCUCUACGACGGCGCCCCCUGGAGGUAACGGGAAUUCUGCAUUUGCCCCUCCUGCUGCUCGUCCCAUCCCUCCUUUGGGAUUGAGCAAAGCAGCUUCUCAAGACAACCUCAUGGUUCCCGGUGCUCCACCACCAAUGGGUCGAUCUUUCUCGGCCCAAAGCACUGCCAGUGCCCCUGGCGGUCCCCCCAGUGCGCCACCCAGUCGACCAGCUACAAGUCUUAGUAACGCUAGUAGCAUUGACGACCUUAUUGGCGCAGCAGGCCCACGGAAGAGUGGGAAGAAACCAAGGAAGUCAGGACGUUAUGUGGAUGUCAUGGCGAAGUAG